AUGGUGACUGGACUACCUGUGUUAACCGAAAUGAAGGAUGUGUGUGAAAGUUGUGUUUCAGGAAAACAUCACAGAGAGAAAUUUGAUAAAGAGAAAGCAUGGAGAGCAAGUUGUCCACUGGAAUUAGUGCACACAAAAUUGUGUGGACCAAUGCGAAAUAAGUCAAUUGGUGGAAAUAUGUAUUUCAUCACAUUCAUUGAUGACUUCUCAAGAAUGUGCUGGCUAUACUUCCUUAGAAAUAAAGCUGAUACCUUUAAUGUGUUCAAGAAAUUCAAAGCUUUUCUUGAAUUGCAAAGUGGAUUUAGUUUGAAAAAGCUAAGGAGUGAUAGAGGAGGUGAAUAUACCUCACAUGAAUUCCAAGAUUUCUGUGCAAGCAUAGGAAUGGAGAGGCAACUAACCAUUGCCUACUCUCCUAAGCAAAAUGGAGUUGCUGAGAGGAGAAAUAGAACAAUCUGUGAGAUGGCAAGAUCCAUGAUGACAGAGAAAGGAAUUCCAAUUAUUUUUUGGGUAGAAGCUGCUAGAAAGAGAGUUUUUAUGGGAUAUGGAAGUUGUGAAAAGGGUUACAGGGUGUAUGAUAUGCAAUCUAAGAAGAUUGUACUCUCAAGGAGUGUAAUUUUCAGUGAGGACAAGUCAUGGAAUUGGAAGAGUAAUCAAGAAGAAUCUGUUCCAAUACCUUUCAAUCUUGAAGGUUCUCAUCAAAACUCCACAAUUGGUGAUUUAGUUGAGAAUGUUAGUGGUAAUGGCAGUCCAAACUCCACACCUAGUUCUACUCCAGUCAAAUUAAAAACUCUGGAAGAUAUAUAUGCAAGGUGUCACAUGUGCAUCAUAGAACCAGAGAAUUAUCAAGAAGCAGCUGGUGAUUUAGCUUGGCAAGAAGCCAUGAAUGCAGAGUUGGAGAUGAUAGAGAAGAAUAAUACUUGGGAAUUGGUUGAGAGACAGGCUGAUAAACCUGUUAUAGGUGUGAAAUGGGUGUUUAAGACUAAGCUUAACUUGGAUGGAACUGUUCAGAAACACAAAGCUAGGCUUGUAGCAAAAGGGUAUUCACAGAAACCUAGGAUUGACUACAACGAAACCUUCGCACCACUAGACUUCAAGUCAGCAUUCCUAAAUGGUGUGCUCGAUGAGGAAGUAUAUGUAGAACGGCCUGAAGGUUUUGAAAUGAAAAAUGCAGGUUACAAGUUUAAAAGAAGCAUUGGUGAAGCUACUCUAUACACUAGAUCUGAUAAUGAAGGAGGUUUGAUCAUUGUCUCAAUCUAUGUUGAUGACAUUGUUUAUACUGGAAACAGUGAGAGGAUGCUUGCUGAGUUUAAAAGGGAGAUGAUGCAAAGAUAUGAAAUGUCAGAUCUUGGACUCCUUCAUCACUUCUUGGGCAUGGGAAUACUACAAACUGAUCAAGGGGUUUUCAUUCAUCAAAGCAAGUAUGCCAAAUCCUUGCUUGUGAAGUUUGGGCUUGAAGACUGCAAACCUGUCUCAAUUCCUUAG